UACUAAAAUUAUUCAACCGCAUCAAACACGAGGCAAAUCAUCAAAUUUUCAAUCUUGAUACAAUUCCUAGAAUAUACUACUCUGCGUCAGCAUCUCCAAUCCACCAACUUCAUCAUCAACCAAAUAAUAGUAAUUAUUACUCGCCCAAUUUGAUUGGGAAGACUUAAUUUAUCAGGACUUACCUCAAUCGAUUCCAUGGCGGACUUAAUCCCUCCAUUUCUAUUGCUCCUUUUGUUCACAUUUUCCUAUAAUUGUGUUGAAUCCAUUGAGCAAGGGCAUAUCAACGCCGAAAUAUCGAACAGAGGGCUUGAUUUCCUAAAGGAAUUGCUGAUUGAGAAGGCAGAGUUCGAAUUAGUUCCGCUCGAGCUCCCCGAGAUUGUGAAGUCCGUGAAAAUUCCUAUUAUAGGUACUGUUCAGAUGGCUGCUACCGGUAUUACGAUCGAAACAAUCCACGUGACAUCGUCCACGCUGAAGUCUGGAGAUAGCGGGAUGGUGAUCGAUGUUUCCGGCGCCACCGCCAAUUUGAGCAUGAAUUGGCAGUAUUCGUACAGUACUUGGUUGCUUCCGAUUUCGGUCUCUGAUAAGGGGAAUGCUACCGUUCAGGUUGAAGGACUGGAAGUUGGCCUUACACUCAGUCUAGAGACUGUAGAAGGAUCUCUAAAAGUGUCACUCUUGGAAUGUGGGUGCUAUGUGAAUGGUAUCUCUAUAAAAUUAAACGGAGGAGCAUCGUGGCUCUAUCAAGGGUUGGUGGAUGCUUUUGAGGAUAAAAUUAGUUCUGCUGUAGAAGAUGCUAUUCCGAAGAAAAUAAAGGAUGCAAUAGUGAAGCUUGACAAUUCACUUCAAUCUUUUCCUAAAGAAGUAUCAGUAACUAGUAUUGCUGCACUGAAUGUUACACUUGUUGGUGAUCCAGCUUUGAAUGAAUCGUCGCUUGACCUUAAAAUUGAUGGGUUAUUCUCAGCCAAGGAUGAAGCUGGACUUUCCAGCCUCUAUCACAGAAUAGCACAAGAAUCAGCUUCCUGCAAGGAAGCUGAUAAGAUGGUCAAGAUCUCAUUGCAUGAAGAUGUGCUCAGGUCAGCAUCAUCAGUUUACUAUGAGGCAAUGAAGAUGCACUGGAUUGUCGACAAAGUGCCAGAUCAAUCUCUGUUGAACACAGCUGGUUGGAGGUUCAUCAUUCCCCAGUUGUAUAAGAUGUAUCCAAAUGAUGACAUGAAUCUGAAUCUCACUGUGUCUUCUCCACCAACCAUACAAGUUGAAAAGCGGCAGAUUAACGCAAAAAUCCCCUUAGAUGUAGUCAUUGAUGUUUUGGAUGGGGGGAAAGUUGUACCAGUUGUGUGCAUUUCUGUGGUAAUCGAUGCUUCUGUGUCUCCUGAGAUUCUGGGAAAUACUUUAGUUGGAGUCGCAAAAUUAAAUGAAUUCACUAUGUUACUUAACUGGAGUAAGAUUGGUGACCUGCACAUGCAUCUAAUCCAGACACUAGUUUCUGCCACUCUGAGGACUGUGGUGUUGCCGUAUGUCAACUUAAAACUCACCACCGGAUUUCAGAUGCCACCCUUCCACGGCUACGAGCUUCAAUAUGCCCAAAUCCUAUGUGCAGAUGCUUGGAUUGUGAUAUGCAGUGAUGUUGCGCCUAUAAAACAGUUCAAUCUCAUUUAGUUGCUUGCUGUCUAGUGAAGAUAUCUGGUCUUUCGUUGUGUGCAUUUAAACUGUAUCAACUACCAGAUGCAAGUUUUCCAGAGACUCUGUUGAUCAAAUGUGCUCAUCGCCUUGCUGUUUUAGUCGUGAUCGGAAUACUGUAUAUAUAUUUGGGACCAACAUUUAGCUCGGUAUGUGAGAGGUGAGCCAGCCACCAUGGCGCAGAGGCAGGGAUGGAGCUGCUUUUGGUAGAAUCACCCCUACGCCUGGAAGGGGGUUUCGUGUUGACCACAUUUCCUGUAGCAUUAGCAGUUUAGCACUCACAAUCAUUUAAGUUGUGUAAUAUUAGUUAGAUUAUGCUGUCUAUGUAUAUAUUCAACAAUUUGGUUAUAUGCAAGUGAAUAAUUUACAGUUUACCUUUUA